GGGCUGAGGAACGAGAAGGCAGAGGGAAAGAGGGCUGCCCGAGAGGUCAAACAGUCGGGACGCUGGCGAGCUCGGGUGUGCUAGAAAAGUGCUCUUCCAGUGGCGUUCGAUAGCUGGAAGAAACGGUGUCUUUAGUGUUCAUUCUACUUGUAUUGGACUAUUGUGAUUUGGGAAUACAUUGUCUCAGGUCUCCACGCUAACCGGAGAUGCGUCAGCGCUGGCAUCGUCUACUGCUGGCCCUACCGCUACUCCUUCAACUAGCUGAUGUCGGCGUCUGUCUGCCUCGACAAUGGCCGGGGUUCGCCAAUCACAAUCACCUCUUCAAGCCGUUUAAACCAAAAAGGGCUCGGUUUGCUGCCCCUCUUCAGGGAUUCUCGAAUAUAUUUCAGACAAACGGGAUCAAUCGGUGGCCGGCAAAUGGAUUUCCGUCAAUGCAGACAAAGGCUUGGAAUGAGUAUCCGGGGGCACCACAACGGCUUCAGCCGAUCCCGCUGGCCCGUAACCACUACCACCACGGCUACCUCACUGCCUCACCGAGUCCCGCUCCCACCCUGCCGCCGCCGACACGGCGACAUCGAUUUGUCCCUGCCAGCAGCAUCCAGUACGGCAAGGUCCCCACUCACUUCAUGACAGACGCUGAACUCCACGGUCUAGUCUGCGUCCCCGCCUCGGCUCUUGGCUCAGCGCUGGCCGAACAUCGUGAUCACGUCACGCACCAUCGUGACGGCAGUGUCACCACUCACCGCACGGUGGUGGCUGGUUCGGACGGCACCACCAGCCACAGCACCAGGAUCACCAGUGCCGGACGCAAGGGGACAGUGGUGGAGACGAGAACAAAUUCCAGCUCAGGAGUGCAGAGGCACCGCCAGAGCGUUCAGGAUACGGGCACUGGACUGGUGCGGACGUCAACAGGUUCGGCGUUUUCCGAGGGCAGGCCGGGCCUGCCCAGCCACGCUGACGUCAUAACGUCUUCAUCUUCUGAGGGCAGCAAUAGCCAAUCACGGGCCUCGGCCUCGGGAUAUGACGUCAAUGGGGAGCCUCUCCCAGCCAGGUCGGUCUCGGAGUCAGCCAGCCAAGGUCUGGGUGGACCGAGUAUCCCGGUGCUUCCUCCUAUCGAGUCGCUUUCCUGGCACCCUUCGGAGGUGCCAAAAACAAGAAUACUCAGAGGUCCCCUCAGGUUCUCCGGUGGCCCAGGUGGAAAGGACAUCGGUGAUCUUGAUUUCUCGGCACAGUAUGAUGCCGGUCCUGGUGAUGCGGAGAGUGAAGAGGAUGCUUCUUCGUCAGAGGAGGAAGCAGAUCCAGAGGAUGAUGACCAGGAGUUGGAGGAAGAUGAAUCAUCUGAGGGUGAAGAAGAGUCCCAAGAAAAUGACAUUGAUUCGCUGAAGAGAAUUGAGGGCGAACCGACUUCGUCGUCAAUCGACUAUUUAAUACCACCUUACUCAAGUGAACCAAGCUCGCCUGGUGACAAUGAAGGAGCUACUGAUGACGAUGACGCUGGAGAUGGUGACGUUUCCCAGGAUGGCGACGCAUUGGAACAACCCGAAGACUCAACGAUGCUCGGGGACGACACCAAAGCACAGGGCGACGGAGAUGAAAGAGACGACGAUGAUGACGAUGAUGAUGAUGAUUAGUUACGACCGUCUUCAUACGUUGGCUUCCUUGUGGCAACCAAGGUGUACGCAUUGUUGAAGUUGUGAUGCUUGACAUGAUUUGUAGCUGCGUAUUUAAUCGGUGCUGUGAGCGCUUUACACACACUGAGAUAGGUCUGUUUUUUAUGUCUGUCCGACUUCGGGCACCGAUUUCGUAUAGCCCUACUUUACGCCGAUAAAGGCUUUGUGCCGUGAUAUGCAGUCGAUUUAGCUUGGAUUUAGCUGUAGUCAGUGGCCAGAUGGUGAUAAAAGCAAACAAUACCUACUAAUUGUAAAAGCAUCACGUAGCAUGACUGGAAUGUCCGAAUUGUUGUUGGUGCUAUUAAUUUCGACGCCGGAGCUUUGGCGUUGAUGUUUGCUUUGUAACUUUUUAUGCUAGUACAUACAUGUGAUUGUUUCUAAA